AUGUCUCCACCAAGAUACUAUCAGCCAGGGACGGUUGGAGAACAGCCUUCGCGUCCUUCUGGUGUUCCGAGGAACACACCACCUAGGCCUGCCGUGCCAGAAGCUCUGCUAGCGCCAGCGAUGAGAAUUGGGGAGCAGCCUUCGCGGGACUCUGGUGUUCCGAGGAACACACCACCUAGGCCUGCGCUCCCCCCGGUGAGAAGCAUCGGGGAGCAGCCCUCAUCAGGCUCCAAUAUCAAGAGGAACGCUGGCACUAGCUUUCAGAUGUCAGUCCCUGCGCCAGCGCCACCACCACCAGCAGCAUCUCAAUUCGCUCCUGCUGAGUCUUCGGCUUCGGCUGAGGCUCAGGAGAGAGGAACGAAGCGUACGAGACCAUCUGAACCAGCUUCUGCUCCCGCUCCCGCUCGUGCUCCCGCUCCGGCUCCAGCACCCCCAGCUCCAGUCGUGCCAAAUCUGGCACCAAUUGCUCCACCAACUCGUUUGUCUUCUGGUCCUGGAAAGGGAAAGGGGAAGCGACCUCUUAAUGGGUUUGCAAAUAAAACCGCCCAAAGUGUUCCGGGGUGGCAGCAGUCGUUUCCAGCACCGAUCUCAAGUGGCAUUGCUUUUCAGCAAUUCACUUCCCAACAGGCUGCUCCGGCACCUUCUUAUAGUGGCAAUCAUGCUCAGCAGAGCUUCCAGCAACAGGUUGCCUCGGCACCUGGUCACAAUAGCCGUUCUAUUCAACAGAGCGUCCCGCAGCAACUGCCUAUGACUCCAGCUCAUAAUGGCUUUCAAGAUCAAUUGAGCCAGUUGCAGCAAUUUGCACAGCGUGCCGUGAGUGCCCAGCACGCUUCUCCACGACAGUAUCCUUGGACGCGGCUUCGACAAACACAACAAAACGGGGCUCUGGGAUAUACCAACCCCUAUACACCUACUCAUCGUACCACUAAUUAUAGUGGAAGCUACCCACUCACCCCUCCGCCAUCUCCUCUAACCCCCAAGAAGCUGAACCCCUUGUCCUGUAAGCGAGAGAAAACAAAGAAGACCACGAAAGAGGUAUAUAGAGUCAUCCAAUUGAAGCAAGGCAAAAAGCGCUUUGGAAAAGUGGAACCCAAAAGACGGAAGCAAGAUGAAAAGAACGAUAUCUUAAACAGAUUCGAGAAGCAAAUCGAGUACCGAGAGGCUGCCGUUGGACGGAUGGACUGUAGAUCUGAUUACCUAGGGUUCGGAAGACGAGAUGUGUACGGCAAGUUAUUAUGUACUCGUCUUUGA